GCGAAUUAAAAUGUAAACAUCCGGUUUACUGAUACUGUAGAUAGUGAACUUGGUAUGUUUAUUCAUCAUUUGACAGUUUACAGUUUAGUUAUAGGAUACUGUCGUAGACUAAGUGUACAUAAUGGAACAUUUGUCCACCAGGAAGAGGAUUCAAGCAAUUGAAAACAAGGACAAGCGUGAUCUGGUUGAGAAGUGCUUGUCUCCAGUAGUAUUUGACAGUGUAAAACUUGAACGUAUGAUAAAGACGUUCGAAGAUGAGAUAAAGCUGGCCAACAGCACAGAUGAAAACUUAAGGAAAAAGACAGAUUUGUUCUGGGAAAAUACAUAUGUGAGGAGACUGCUAGAUGGAACUGAAAAUGGGACCUACCUGGGACUGGAUCUUGGUGGAACAAACUUUCGUGUCGUACGAGUCGACAUGAACAAUGGUAAAGCUACAACACAGACAAAGUACUAUAACCUGGAGAAACGUUUGCUGACUGGUCCAAGCUCUGUUAUGUUUGACUACAUUGCAAAAUGUUUGUCUGAAUUUCUUUCCAAGGGAAGUUACUCGCAAGAAGAACCCCUACCUUUAGGUUUCACAUUUUCCUUCCCUUCACAACAGAAGAGUUUAAAACACAGCACGAUAUCUACGUGGACAAAAAGUAUAACAUGCACGGAUGGACCGGGUCUCGAUUCCGUUGUACUUCUUGAAGAGGCAAUACAAAGGCUAGGCGGCCUACCAGUUCCGGUUGAUGUUGUAGCAAGGAUAAGUGAUACUACCGGGACACUUUUGGCGGGGAAUUUAGCCGACGAAAAAUGUAGGAUAGGUCUUAUUAUUGGUACAGGAUCUAAUGCAGCAUUUGUAGAAUAUACAAGGAAUAUAGAAAAAUGGGACACUUGUUACAAGGACGACGAUCCCUCAGAUAUAGUUGCAAUUAACUGUGAAUUUGGUGCCUUUGGCGACAACGGCUGUUUAAACUUCCUAAAGACAGAGUUUGACCAUGAACUGGAUAAACACUCGAAUCACCCAUAUUCUUACACAUUUGAGAAACUGUAUGCCGGUCAUUACCUUGGGGAAUUAGUAAGACUAACACUUGCUAAGCUUACCGGUGCUGGAGUACUGUAUGGAGGUAAAGGCUCGGCCAAACUCAUGACGAGAUGGAAUUUUACUACCAGUCAUGUAACUGCUAUAGAAAGUGAUACAGACGCUGAUGCCACUAAUACUGUAUCUGUUUUGAAAGAGAUGGAUCUGUUAGACCUAGCCACUGAUGAAGAUAUUUCUCUUACUCGAGAAGUUUGCGAGUUAGUUUCUAAAAGAGGUGCUUAUAUUGUUGCUACAGCUAUGGUAGUAUUGUUAAAUCACAUAAACCUACCGGAAGUUACGAUUGCAAUAGAUGGUUCACUUUAUGAACGCCACCCAAAGUAUCACCAACACAUGAUGGAGGUGGUUCGAAAGUGGAGGCCUCAAACACAGACGACCUUGAAACUUAUAAAAGAUGGGAGUGGUCAGGGCGGUGCCCUUGUUGCAGCCAUUGCAAGGAAGAGAUCGCGUGUUCCUGAGGAAAACUAAUGUAAAAUAGGGCUUAUAGAAUUUUUUUUCUUUCUUUUUCACAUAAACUUGCAAUAAGUAAAAGUACUAUCUAUUUGAUCUUACCAAUGUCAGACAUUUUAUUAAAAAGUAAUAUUGUUUUAUUAUCAACGUAGUACAAAGUUAGCGGGGCUAUAAAAAUGUGACAUAAAGUAGGAAAAGCAAAGUAAAAAAGCAAAUAUGAAAAACAUUAUGACUAGAUAAAAGUGAGAACAUGAGGUAGUGACACACAGAUUAAUUCAAACAGAACAUAGCAGCAGAACUAGUUGGGCGGUGGAGUGGUAAUGUGCAAAAUAGAAAAUAAAUUGUGAAAAACUA